CUGACUGUCACACACUCACUCUACAUUCAUAGAAGGCCAUUUAGAUAUUUUCAGGAGAUUGGGUGUAGUGUCACGGAGCACCCGCAUCACUAGCUAGAGAACUGUCCAUCAACCUGAUACAGGAGGUGCAUGUCCACACACAACUCCAGGUUGGAUCCUGUUAAGCCUACCUGUCUCCAGUAGCCCAGGAUCUUCGGCAGGUCCUGUUUCAGUGCCCAGGAAGAACGCACUGGGAAACACUGCGACUUUGGAGGACUGCCAGUACAUGUUUGGUUGUGACAAGUAUAAUUAUCUUGUCUCUAGGUAAUGGUGUUAGAAUCAGCUUGAUCUGCGCAACUACCUCCACUUUUCCAGACAGACUUUCCGGACAGGGCACUGGCACAAGAAGGCCUGGACCUUGGACGCAGAAGCUCUGUACGGCGUGUUGUAGUACCAAUGGCUCGCCUGUUCCCUUGCACUCACUUUGUCCUACUGUUACUGCUGCAGCUAACGUCCCCAUCUGCAGGUGCACUAGAGAUGAUAGAUGGCGCAAAUCGACUCACCUGCGACCAGGGUCUGACUGACUGCAGUGUAAAAGAUGUUGCCUUUCCUGGCAUGAAGGGUCCUGUGAAAGUUAGCCGGCUGGAGCUCAGCGUGUUUCUGUGUUGCACCAACGGCCAAUACUGCAAACCCUGCCUGCGAGUCACGGUCUACUUCACAAUCAAAGAUAAACAUGAGGACCAGGAAGUGUCUGGUGACUACAGUGACGAAGACGACAGCUCUAACCAGAAGGAAUUAAGAGAAGAGAGUCUCCUAGGGAUGCCACGCGGCACAACAGCAGCUUCUGUAACCGUGUGUUACAGCUACCCAAACAUUUUGAAUCGCUGCAAAGAAGUGACAUUUACAUUGAUCCAUUCAGCUCUGGGGGACCAGCACCCUCCUGAGCUGUGGCUGUCCAUAUUGUUGGAGCCAGAGCCAGUACAAUAUGGAAGUCCAGUCAUCGUCCACGCAUUAUAUACCUCCGUUACCACCACUAUCCCCUCCUUAGAAGAUGUUUGUUCCUCUGACCUAGAUAGUGUUGUGAAAGAAUGUGAUGCGCCCAAGCUCAGAGCUGUGAUUGAUAAGAAGAGAGGUGUGGCUGUGCUCCAACUGGACAGUUCUAACAAGACACCGACCAGUGAGAUGGGCAUGUGCCAGAUGUUCGGGACUGGAGAACCUUGCAGAUACCAGAAGUGGAGCCAGAGAGAGAUGAGCAUUCCUUUGAGGUCUAUAGCGCCCUGUCUGUGCUUUCAGGUUUGGUGGAAGGGACAUAAUCUACGCAGAGAGAUCUGCCCCUUCAUGAACAACAAAGAGCUUUUCAGAAGAAUGUGGGACAACAACGUGUCCUUGUCAGUGGAGGAGGCUCAGACGAAGGUGGGGAACGGUACAGUGCUGAGUUGGAACGUGACUGCCCCCUGUCGCCUGGAGGGGGAACUGUGGCUGUGUAGAAGGGGCUCAGCGGGGGGGCAUUGCGAGGAGUUGAAGGGCUCCAGGCAGAGGAUGCACAAGCACACACAUGCCGGGUGGACGCCCACUCUCCACGGACACUGGAAAAGAGGAGAGUUCAUCAAUGUGAACCCUCAUCCUGCUCUGUGUGUCCAGAUGAAAGUACAGGGGAUGGAUACAAAGCUGGAUCCCGUGUGUCCAUUUGCAACACCACGGAACCGAUGGCUACUGACUCUCCUAAUAGGGCUGCUACUAAUCUGUUUGGCAAUACUUGGGGCCUACGUCAUACAUGGUGCUCUCAAAGGAUACGUGUGGAGAUGGUUGAAAGAUGAGGACAUAAAAGGUGCAGUAGGAGGUGGCCACAUUGUGUUGCUGUACCCUCCUGACAAUGAUCAGGCUGUGCUGGGUCUGGUGUGUCGUCUGGGCUUGUCCCUCUCCUCUCUGGGCUUCAGUGUAUCUCUAGACCUGUGGAGCCAGGCCGAGCUCAGUGUCCUGGGACCAGUUCCAUGGCUCCACUCCCGGCUUGAUCGCCUGCAGAGACAGGGGGGGAAAGUGGUGCUGGUGCUGACCCAGGCAGCUUGGGAGAGGGCUGAGGAGUGGGGCAGCCGGGGCUGGGAGAGGGAUACUCUCUGGGGGAGGGGGUGUGACGAGGAUGGGAAGUCAGGGGUGGGGUGUCGUUCUCCGUAUUCAGAUGUCUUCAGUGCCUCGCUCAGCUGCAUUCUAGCGGACUACUUGCAGGGCCGCGCCGGCGAACGCUUCACCCUUGUGCAGUUUGAGUGUCUGCCUCCAGUCGGCUGCCGCCCCCUACCUGAGCUCUUCAGGGGGCUGCCGCUCUUCAGCCUCCCCUCCCAGAGCCUGGGCUUCCUGACUGAACUGGCUUUGGGGCGAGGUAGGGGGGCAGCAUCAGGGCGACGAAGGCGGGCAGGGGGGCUCAGGGCAGCCUCACGGGCACUGGCUGGGGGGCUGAGAGGGUUUGUGGGGGGUUCGGCAAUGUUACGGCUGGCCGGGCUGCCCCAGGACUGUGUUGGUGCAGGGGUUGAGGACCCCUGGGAGUCUGUGCCGCUGCAGCCAUGUCUCACCACCUCACCGUCCAGCCCUGACAUGCCCAAGACCAGCGGGAUGGACUGGGUCUAAGAGGGCAGGAGAGGCUGAGGAGGAACCAGGGGCCUGUUCCGCAGGAUACUAACUGUGGCACUGACAUACUAUAAUCCGAUACUGGACAUUAGAGCUUCAGGAGAUGGUAGUUUGAAACUGUGUCUCAUGUACCUUUGGAGCUACUGUCCAAAGUAGAGCAUGACUUGUUAAUAUUGUAAAUUAUUAACUUUUGCGGUCCUGAAAAACUACUGUCAACUCCAGUUUAGAGAUUGCUCAGUUUGGCUGGGCGGCCAGCUCUAGAGAGGUUCUGGAUGGCUCCAAAGUUCUCCCAUUUAUGGUUCCAAAGUUCUGUCCUAUGUACAGUGCCUUCAGAAAGUAUUCAGACCCCUUGAAUGUUUCCUCCUUUUGUAACGUUACAAUUUAAAUCUAAAAUGAAUUAAAUAAAAACAAUUCCUCAACAAUCUACAAACAAUACCACAUAAUGACGAAGCUAAAAACAGGCUUUUAGAAAUGUUUGCAAAUCAAAUAAAAAACAUACAAAAGUAUUCAGACCCUUUGCUAUGAGACUCGAAAUUGAGCUCAGGUGCAUCCUGUUUCCAUUGAUCAUCCUUGAGAUGUUUUUACAACUUGAUUGGAGUCCACCUGUGGUAAAUUCAAUUGAUUGGAAAUUAUUUGGAAAUGACACACGUGUCUAUAUAAGGAUCCACAAUUGGCAAUGCAUGUCAAAGCAAAAACCAAGCCAUGAGGUCGAAGGAAUUGUCCGUAGAGACCCAAGAGAGCAUUCUGUCGUGGCACAGAUCUGGGGAAGAGUACCAAAACAAUUCCGCAGUAUUGAAGGUCCCCAAGAACACAGUGGCCUCAUUCUUAAAUGGAAGAACUUUGGAAUCCCCAAGAAUCUCUAGAGCUGGCCGCCCAGCCAAACUUAGCAAUCGGGGGAGAAGGGCCUUGGUCAGGGAGGUGACCAAGAACCUAAUGGUCACUCUGACAUAGCUCUAGAGUUCCUCUGUGGAGAUGGGAGAACCUUCCAGAAGGACAGCCAUCUCUGCAGCACUCCACCAAUCAGGCCUUUAUGGUAUAGUGGCUAGAUGGAAGCCAUUCCUCAGUAAAAGGCACAUGACAGCCAGCUUGGAGUUUGGCAAAAGGCACCUAAAGACUCUCAGACCGUGAGAAACAAGAUUCACUGGUCUGAUAGAACCAAGAUUAAACUAUUUGGCCUGAAUUCCAGGCAUCACAUCUAGAGGAAAGCUGGCACCAUUGCUAUGGUGGUGGCAGCAUCAUGCUGUGGGGAUGUUUUUCAGCGGCAGGGACUGGGAGACUAGUCAGGAUCGAGGGAAAGAUGAACGGAGCAAAGUACAGAAAGAUCCUCAAUGAAAACCUGCUGCAGAGCGCUCAGGACCUUAGACUGGGGCAAAUGUUCACCUUCCAACAGGACAAUGACCUUAACCACAAAGCCAAAACAACGCAGGAGUGGCUUCGGGACAAGUCUCUGAAUGUCCUUGAGUGGCCCAGCCAGAGCCCGGACUUGAACCCGUUCGAACAUCUCUGGAGAAACCUGAAAAUAGCUGUGCAGCGACGCUCCCCUUCCAACCAGAGCUUGAGAGGAUCUGCAGAGAAGAAUGGGAGAACCUCCCCAAAUACGGUUGUGCCAAGCUUGUAUCUUCAUACCCAAUAAUGUCUAAAAAAUGUUUUUUGCUUUGUCAUUAUGGGGUAUUGUGUGUAGAAUAAUGUGUGUAGAUUGAUGAGGGAAAAAACUAUUUCAUAAAUUUUAGAGUAAGGCUGUAACCUAAUCAAAUGUAUAAAAAGUAAAGGGGUCUGAAUACUUUCUGAAGGCACUGUACAUAGUCAUUGAACACUGGUCACUUUUAUAAUGUUUACUUCCUGUUUUACCCAUUUCAUAUGUAUAUACUGUAUUCUAAUCAAGGUUCACCCUAUAUAACUACUGCUGUACACACCUUUCCUUUCCUAUUCAUAUACUGUCAAUACUGUCCAUACCCUCCAUUAUAUAUACAGUGGGCUAAAAAGUAUUUAGUCAGCCACCAAUUGUGCAAGUUCUCCCACUUAAAAAGAUGAGAGAGGCCUGUAAUUUUCGUCAUAGGUACACUUCAACUAUGACAGACAAAAUGAGAAAAAAAAUCCAGAAAAUCACAUUGUAGGAUUUUUAUGGAAUUUAUUUGCAAAUUAUGGUGGAAAAUAAGUAUUUGGUCAAUAACAAAAGUUUAUCUCAAUACUUUGUUAUAUACCCUUUGUUGGCAAUGACAGAGGUCAAACGUUUUCUGUAAGUCAUCACAAGGUUUUCACACACUGUUGCUGGAAUGUUGGCCCAUUCCUCCAUGCAGAUCUCCUCUGGAGCAGUGAUGUUUUGCGGCUGUUGCUGGGCAACACGGACUUUCAACUUCCUCCAAAGAUUUUCUAUGGGGUUGAGAUCUGGAGACUGGCUAGUCCACUCCAGGACCUUGAAAUGCUUCUUACGAAGCCACUCCUUCGUUGCCCGGGCUGUGUGUUUGGGAUCAUUGUCAUGCUGAAAGACCCAGCCAUGUUUCAUCUUCAAUGCCCUUGCUGAUGGAAGGAGGUUUUCACUCAAAAUCUCACGAUACAUGGCCCCAUUCAUUCUUUCCUUUACACGGAUCAGUCGACCUGGUCCCUUUGCAGAAAAACAGCCCCAAAGCAUGAUGUUUCCACCCCCAUGCUUCACAGUAGGAAUGGUGUUCUUUGGAUGCAACUCAGCAUUCUUUGUCCUCCAAACACGACGAGUUGAGUUUUUACCAAAAAGUUUGAUUUUGAUUUCAUCUGACCUUAUGACAUUCUCCCAAACUUCUUCUGGAUCAUCCAAAUGCUCUCUAGCAAACUUCAGACAGGCCUGGACAUGUACUGGCUUAAGCAGGGGGACACGUCUGGCACUGCAGGAUUUGAGUCCCUGGCGGCGUAGUGUGUUACUGAUGGUAGGCUUUGGUCCCAGCUCUCUGCAGGUCAUUCACUAGGUCCCCCCGUGUGGUUCUGGGAUUUUUGCUCACCGUUCUUGUGAUCAUUUUGACCCCACGGGGUGAGAUCUUGCGUAGAGCCCCAGAUCGAGGGAGAUUAUCAGUGGUCUUGUAUGUCUUCCAUUUCCUAAUAAUUGCUCCCACAGUUGAUUUCUUCAAACCAAGCUGUUUACCUAUUGCAGUUUCAUUCUUCCCAGCCUGGUUCAGGUCUACAAUUUUGUUUCUGGUGUCCUUUGACAGCUCUUUGGUCUUGGCCAUAGUGGAGUUUGGAGUGUGACUGUUUGAGGUUGUGGACAGGUGUCUUUUAUAUUGAUAACAAGUUGAAACAGGUGCCAUUAAUACAGGUAACGAGUGGAGGACAGAGGAGCCUCUUAAAGAAGAAGUUACAGGUCUGUGAGAGCCAGAAAUCUUGCUUGUUUGUAGGUGACCAAAUACUUAUUUUCCACCAUAAUUUGCAAAUAAAUUCAUAAAAAAUC